CAGUAACGGCCAAGCACCAGUAUUAUACGGACUAUUUUCUCUGCAGUAAUAAAUCAGUAGUGAAGGAUGUGACUGCUCUAAAUUGUUACAAUAUCAACAGCGAUCACCGAAUGAUAAGAACCAAGGUAACUGUUAAUACUAAGCUAGAAAGGGGGAAGAUUCUCAAACAAAAGAAACAAGUUAUAGAUCCAAAAGCGUUGAAAGAAAAUUCAGCAAGACCAGCAAGAAACUGGAAAACAAAUUAAAAGGAUCCCUGGAUUCAGAAUUUCUAAAUUGCCUAGGAGAGGCUCGCUGAAACGAAGUGGCGAGUAAGUAUGCAGCUCCAGUGAAGUGCCUACAACUAAAAUCACCAGCGUUAAAUGAGCAACUUACUAGCUUGUUGAGUUCUUUCUCCCGUAAGAACCAGAGUAAGUUGUUGGCUUGGCGAAACCAGUUAGCUCAAGCAUUGACGGCCCUAGGCACAAGUUUUAGUGGGGUAUUCGAUACAGUUGACGAAGAGAAAAAGUUGCUACAGACGCUAGGCGAUUCUGCUAGACUUGCAGAUUUGCAUUAUAAGUUAUCUAUGGGCCGUAGGGCCUUCAUCUAACCUGUUUUAGAGAAAGCAGCCAAAGAAAUGGCUGAAAAAGCUGACUGAUUCAUGAGUUCCUCUAUGGAAAAGGCUUAGGAGAACGCAUCAAGACAAGUAAAUCCCUGGAGAAAACAGGUAGACAUCAAGAAAGUGACCACAACAGUGGUGACUCGACCGAAAACCAAAGAGAAAUCGUUAAACUGGAAGGGGCCUCUUCGUCAGGGAAAGUCGAGAAGGCCAAUGACCAAAAUCUUCGUGGUUCAAAUAGUGGAGACCCACAGCGUUUAGUUCGAGCGAAUAGAGUGUGUGUCCGGCUUUAUUUCGUGCGUUCUAUAAAUCGUUGUGCUUAUCCUUGCUUAAUUGCAAGCUAUUUGAAUCCAACCCCACACGCCUCCAAGUGGUGAGACCGGGAAACGUCCUUAAGGACGGCUAAAGUGUGGGAUCUGUGCCAACAAGACUUGGUGCCUUGAAGAGUGUUAUUUUUUAGUCGACUUUUACAGUCGGUGUGUAUUUUUACUACAUCCACCGGCUCCAACUCUCAUUUUGUAAGUUUGCCUUACAUGAUGCCAGUAUGUAUUCGCGGCACAAACUUUGCCACCGAGGAGGGGAUUAAAACUCACCUCCGUCGGUUAAGAUGCAGGGGCGUCAAAAUAUCUAGUGACACCACCUGCACGUUCUGUCAAAAAACUUUUCUGAAAUUUGCCGGCUUGAGACAGCAUAUUAAGCGUGCUCACCCAGUUGAGUAUAACGCAGAAUUAGAGGACAGAUAUGAGCAACCUAACACCGCUUCUGCCAGGGUCGGAUCGGACGAUGAGGAUGAGGAGGAGCACAUAAAAAUGGCCAAGAUAGAAGCCGCCUACAAUGGUCGGUUUCCCAAUGCUCACAUAAGGUCAUUACUCCCUCAUCUUACGAUCGAUCAGAUCAAAUAUCGGCGGAAGAAGGAUGAUUAUAAGAUCUUAUUAGAAACUCUUCGCAAGGGCCCGCAGACUAUGGACCUUGUUGAGGAGAUAAACGCUGAAACCACGAUACACGACGUAGGUACGCUGGAUACGGCCUUUAUUGUAGAGGAGGAACUGUUAACGCUAGCCGAAGUCUCUUUGUGGGCUAGGCCCACCGAAGUCUUUACCAACGGCUCUCUGAAUGCCGAUAAUACGGAAAGCGUUCCAGUCGAAGAUAGUUUUAGGAACAUUCUUACAGUCCUCGCCCAAAAAACGGGGCUAUACGAGGCCUUUGUAUUUCUGGCAAGGCUUAGCAACCUGCCUCAAUCAACUGAAAGAGGUAGGAAACUAUUAGAACAGCUCGGCACUUGCAUCAAAUCUCUGCCCGGCCGAAGCACAGGUCAAAAGAGGCCUAAAAAGGUCCCCACGAAAACCGGGUACGACCUGGCCUCUCUCAACAGAUACAAGAAGAGGGCACUGUGUUUCAAAGAGACCCAAACAGCAUUCGAGAGGAAUAGGGCCGAGCUUGCAAAAUGUAUACUGGAGGACUUACCGCUAUCUCGAGAAGAGGAACGUCCGGAAGUUGAAGCAGUUGAAAGGGAGUAUCGGGG